GCUACUGCCCCUGCGCCAGUCGCCGGCCUGCGCAAGAAUGGCAAGCAGUGGCACGAACCGAAGAAGGCCUUCCGGCUCACGGCUGGUCAGACGAGCUACGCAAAACGAGUCGCACGAGAGGCGCAGGCCGCCGAGGUGAAGAAGGUCGAGAAUGAAAUGAAGGGCGAGAAGGAACAAGAGCGACAGCGGCGCGUUCAAGCCAUCAAGGACAAGCGUGCAGCAAAGGAAGAGAAAGAAAGAUAUGCCAAGAUGGCAGAGAAAAUGCACAAGAAGCGUGUGGAACGCUUGAAGCGAAGGGAAAAGCGCAAUAAGCUGCUCAAGUCAUAA